AUGUCCGACAAAAACGAAAACGAAACUGGAACUUAUAACAAUGGCGAUGUUGCUCCAAACAAUGGAGUCAAUAUUUCUGGCACCAGUUCCGUAUCUCAACCUUCUUCAGAAGAUAAUGUAUCGACGCAAUGGGAAACUCGUAUUUCCCGCACUCGUAAAAUGGUUUACUAUUACAAUCGUGCAACUAAAGAAAGUACAUGGGUUCUUCCCGAUGGUGUCGAUCCUAGUACUAUUAAAGGAUACGGAGAUCAAACCGUGGAACAAGUACAGUCGGUUGAUCCAAUGGAAGGAGGUGUUGGGCAAAUCAGGGCUAGCCACCUGUUGGUCAAGCAUAUUGGCAGUAGGCGUCCCUCUUCUUGGAAGGAGCCAAGGAUAGAACGCACCAAGGAGGAGGCUCUUGAGCUGAUCAAAUCUUAUCGUGCGCGAAUCAUUUCGGGCGAAUGUGAUCUUGGAGAACUUGCUAGUACAGAAUCUGAUUGUUCGAGCGCCAAACGAAAUGGAGAUUUAGGAUUCUUUGGUCAUGGACAAAUGCAACCUUCUUUCGAGGAAGCAGCAUUCAAACUUGAAGUUGGAGAGUUAAGUGAGCCGGUUUGGAGUGACAGUGGGGUUCAUUUGAUUCUACGAACAAAAUAA